CAGAGAGCCCGUAUAUACAAACAAUGCAUUUACCACUUAUUGCUUAGCCAAUAAAAAAAAUACAUAGCAUACGUCAGUGCUUCAUUGUCAUAUUUAUCCUGAUACCAGAUUCGAAUUGACGCCACCCUGACAAUUGGUGACCCCGAACGUGAUCUGGUGAAGGACUUCGCUGGACAUUGAUGUGCCAGCCGAUUGGCCAGUACUGUCGUCGGACGGUGUGUCUCACAAAUCCUGACCGGUCAACUAAAAAAGGCACUUACACCCUCGGACUACAAAGGACCGGGACAGACACGAUGGGUGUGUUUUCUAUUAAGGUGCUGCCAAAACCACAGAGGUCCCAGACGAACCAGAGCCAGACACACUCCUCUACCACCCCUGGACCGAGCCUGCCACCCACCACCACUGUGUCAAAUCCCAUUCAGGUAAUUAACAUUAGAGACUAUUCAGAUAUUGAUCAAUUAGGCACUGAGACUGGUUUUGAUGGUAGGGACAAUUUGUGGCUGUCUUAUAUGAGGUAUACAGCUAAGACCCUGAAAAGAAAGGACUGCAUUGUAUGUGGUCAUGCUAGACCUGUUCUGGCUACACACCCAUUUUCUAUAGGAGAAGGACAGGGGUGCUUGUGUAUUCUGAGAAGUUUUUACCAGGAUAAGCCCAAUUCAACCCUCUGUUCCUCUUUGAGGCUUGUGUUUCCUACAAUAUCUCCUCAUCGGGCCCCUUGGGGUGUUAAGGCAUAUGGGGGCAAUUACAGUUGCAUCACGGGUGCAGGUAGUGGCAUGGACUAUGGGAGAUUGCCUGAAGCUGAUUGCAGCAGUAACAUAACUAUUAAUGCCACUUGGCCAGUUGCAGGUCUAAACCAAACUAGUGGUCUGGCUGAUGUGUGGUGGAAAUGUGGACCCAAAAGAGUACUGAGACCCAUUCUUAGAGGAGACUGGCAAGGUACGUGUGCUCUGACCAGUUUGAUAAUUCCACUGACCAUUGUUGAUGUUACUGCUGAACAGCUGUUGGGUUCUGUAUCCAGGGGGCCUGAAACAUUCCAUCCCAUGGGAGACAUAGACGUAGUGCUCCAUGGACGGAGGAUGUAGUUGACAGCCUCCAGUAUUUAUGCUGCAGUAGUUUAUGUGUCUGGGGGCUAGGGUCAGUUUGUUAUAUCUGGAGUACUUCUCCUGUCCUAUUCGGUGUCCUGUGUGAAUCUAAGUGUGCGUUCUC